UCCGAGGGUGGGGAAAGCUUGCGUCUAUAAAUGAUGCUGUCCACCUGCGUACUCUCACGUGGAGGCAUAUAGCCGCACGGCCUACAGGCUCUGUGUGUAGGAGAAGCUGCUGGUGCAGUAGCCAUGUCACUGUGCUCUUUGGCCUUCACCCUCUUCUUGACUGUUGUUGCUGGUAUCAAGUGCAAUGGGACAGAAGUGUGCGCUGGAAGCCCUGGUAUCCCUGGAACUCCUGGAAACCAUGGCCUACCCGGCAGAGACGGAAGAGAUGGUGUCAAAGGAGACCCCGGACCUCCAGGUCCCAUGGGCCCUCCUGGAGGAAUGACAGGUCUCCCUGGGCGUGAUGGGCUGCCUGGGGCCCCUGGUGCACCUGGAGAACCUGGAGACAAGGGAGCACCUGGAGAGAGGGGCCUUCCAGGGUUUCCAGCUUACUUGGAUGAGGAGCUCCAGGCUGAACUCUACGAGAUCAAACAUCAGAUUCUGCAAAUGAUGGGAGUCCUCAGCUUGCAAGGAUCCAUGCUGACAGUGGGAGAGAAAGUCUUCUCCACCAAUGGUCAGUCAGUCAGCUUUGAUACCAUUAAAGAGAUGUGUACCAGAGCAGGUGGCAACAUUGCUGCCCCGAGAAGUCCAGAAGAGAAUGAGGCCAUCUCAAGCAUCGCAAAAAAGUACAACCUCUAUACUUACUUGGGUGUGAUUGAAGAUGAUAAUUCUGGAGUCUUCCACUACCUGGAUGGGACUUCUGUGAACUACACCAACUGGUACCCAGGGGAGCCCCGGGGCAAGGAGAAGUGUGUAGAAAUGUAUACGGAUGGGAGAUGGAAUGAUAGGAACUGCCUGCAAUACCGGCUGGCCAUUUGUGAAUUUUGAUCAACCACUUAGAUGAAAAAGAUGAAAUCUCACAUUGUCUUUUAGCCUCUAUCCUGAUGAUCCAUCUGAUCUGUAAGAUCCUGAAACUCCCUUUCACCAAAUUUCUUUGUGGCAAUCAGAAUUAAAAACAUCCCUAGUCACCCCAUCUCCCCCAUGGGUCCCAAACUGUUCUCUAUAAUCAUUUUACAUCCUGAAUGUCUCCCUAGAGUCUCUCCUGAACAUUCACUCAAGGCAGCCACUGCCAACAUUGGCCUUCACUGUGAAACAGAUACUUACUUUUCCCCUCAUCUUGUCCAGUUUCUUCAUUUAUAAAUGGUGGCCAUGAGAUUCAUUGUGGAAGGACCUUUUUAAAUUACACAGAAAGUGCUCACCCCCUGACCCUUCUAACUCUCUUCUGCACCUCACCCUUUCACUGUCCCAAGAUUUAGAAGUCUAGAUUAAACAUAAAUAUAUCCAUAGAAGAUUUCUGGGAAAUGCCUAGUGUAUGGAGUUCUCCACAUUUAGUAUCAUCUGCAUCCAUGCUUUCAAGGCAAAUUUGGUCUCUAAGAAGUCAGAGAACCAGAUAGGGACAUAGCUUAAUACUGGUGGAACAAAACCUCUCUGGUUGGCAUAUAUGACACCUUCCCUUGGGUCUGGAGGCCAACUUGCUCCCUUGACUUAACAGGAGCUACCUUGGAUUUUGAGAGAACCAUCUUUUCCAUCCAAGACCCUAACUUAAGUUAUUUCCUACUAAUAGAUAUAACUACAUUUCAUUUCACAUUACUGAGGCAUGAAUGACACUAACCUCACUCUGUUUUCUCUUCUUGUUAACUCUCAGCUAUUUCAUUAAAAGCAACUGUGUUCCAGGUGUUGGUCUGUCUUCUGGUGAUCCUUGGGAACAACCCUUUUCUUUGAGCCCAUUUCUUCAUCUAUGGGAUGGAAAUAAAGUAAUUAUUAUAUUUA